AUGCCAUUGCCCUCUUGUUUCAAAGUAUAUGAUUGCCCAGCAGGGGUUUCGACAAACCAGGAUUUCAAAGUGGAAGUCCGGCCAACCGAAGAUUAUACCCAACAGUGGACUCUGAUACCUUCUUACGCUGUAGAAGUCGCCAGUGCCAAUAUCGCGUCGAACGACUUUCACCGGUAUACCGUCGCACUGGCAUCAUUUGAUUUGAUUGGUCAUGUCAGGAUAAGAGUCACGUACACCGCAUCCCCGGUACACUCGGCAGUGAUUCGGCCACUUUCACUCGGUAUUGAGCCUGAGUUGGAAGACAACCAAAUCAUUUUAUUUACACUGGAGAAAGCUCGAGAUGUGAUGCUCGAGCUGAAUGGGAACAAAUGGAAGGCGUUGCACCUUCUUAUAAAUUCGAUCGAGAACAAUUCUCCGACCGAAGAUACCGAAGACCUUUGGUAUUUUGCGCCAGGGAUCAACCAGGGAUCUGCAUAUGCAAGGGUGACCGAUGGGGUCAAUCUUAUGGUUCCAUCGGGAAAAACAGUCUACCUAGCAGGUGGAGCCUUCAUCACCUGCCGGUUAAAUUUCGUCGACGUGUCGAAUAGUGCGGUUCGAGGCCACGGGUUCAUACUAGGGCCAAAGGGAGGUUAUACCUACCGUGAACACGGCGGUGCAAUCCACAUGAGUUAUGCGAAAAACAUCCGGGUUGAAGGAGUAACAUCGAUAGGUGCAAACGGAUUCAGCCUAUCUGUGGGAGAGUGCCACAACGUGCUUAUUGACAGGUACCGAUCCUUUUCAUAUGCCGGCAACGGUGAUGGAAUCGACGUUUUCUGCUCGACCGGAAUCACAAUCCAAAAUUGCUUCUUACGAAAUUCGGAUGAUACCAUUGCGCUGUACUCCCAUCGCUGGGACUGGCAUGGUGACUCGAAAGACAUUGUGAUUCGGGAUUGUGUUCUGCUCCCCGAACGUUGCCCACGCGAUCAACAUGGGCACCCACGGCAACCCUACGCGGCCAGAAACUACUAG